ACUAUUGGUCGGUCGGGCCGUGCUCUCAGUUAGUGUGCGCUCAGGAGGCGGCUCUGGUUUUUCUUUCUCCAGAAUCUUCUUCCCGUUGCUGGCUCCGUGCUCUCUUCUCUCAGCCGCCGCCAAGAUGAUGGGCCGCCCGGUACUAGUGCUAAGUCAGAACAUUAAGCGAGAGUCUGGGAGGAAGGUCCAGACCGGGAACAUAAACGCGGCUAAGACCAUCGCGGACGUCAUCCGCACCUGCCUGGGACCUCGCGCCAUGAUGAAGAUGUUAAUGGAUCCAAUGGGAGGAAUUGUGAUGACCAACGACGGGAACGCCAUCCUGCGAGAGAUCCAGGUGCAGCACCCGGCCGCCAAAUCCAUGAUUGAGAUCAGCCGCACACAGGACGAGGAGGUUGGCGACGGCACCACAUCAGUCAUCAUCCUGGCCGGGGAGAUGCUGUCCGUUGCCGAGCAGUUCCUGGAGCAGCAGAUACAUCCCACCGUGGUGAUCAGCGCCUACCGCAAGGCCCUGGAUGACAUGAUCAGCACCCUGAAGGAGAUCAGCACCCCAGUGGACACCAGCGACCGGCAGCUGAUGCUGAAGAUCAUCAACAGCUCUAUCAACACCAAGGCCAUCAAGCUCUGGGCGGACAUGGCCUGCAACAUCGCCCUGGACGCCGUCAAGACGGUGGAGUUAGAAGAGAAUGGCAGGAAGGAGUUUGACAUUAAGAAGUACGCCAAGGUGGAGAAGAUUCCAGGCGGAAUCAUCGAGGAUUCCUAUGUCCUGAAAGGUGUCAUGGUGAACAAGGACGUCACCCACCCCAAGAUGAGGAGGGUAAUCAAGAACCCGCGCAUCCUCCUCCUCGACUGCUCCUUGGAGUACAAGAAGGGAGAGAGCCAGACUGAGAUUGAGAUCACUCGGGAGGAAGACUUUGCCCGUAUCCUGCAGCUGGAAGAAGAAUAUAUCCAGCACAUCUGUGAAGACAUCGUCAGACUGAAGCCCGACCUGGUGAUCACAGAGAAGGGAAUCUCCGAUCUUGCUCAGCAUUACCUGGUCAAAGCCAACAUCACCGCCAUCCGGAGGGUGCGCAAGACUGACAACAACAGAAUCGCCAGGGCUUGUGGAGCUCGUAUCGCUAGCCGCACAGAUGAGAUCCGGGAGGAGGACAUUGGCAUGGGCGCCGGGCUGUUUGAGAUCAAGAAGAUCGGCGAUGAGUAUUUCACAUUUAUCACAGAAUGCAAAGACCCCAAGGCCUGUACCAUUAUGCUGCGUGGGGCCAGUAAGGAGAUCCUAGCCGAGGUAGAGCGCAACCUUCAGGACGCCAUGCAGGUCUGCCGCAACGUAAUGAUUGACCCAUACCUGGUGCCAGGAGGGGGGGCUUCCGAGAUGAGCGUCGCCCACAUCCUGACCGAGAAGUCCAAGACCAUGACUGGUGUGGAGCAGUGGCCGUACCGCGCGGUGGCACAAGCUCUGGAGGUCAUUCCCCGGACGCUGAUUCAGAACUGCGGAGCCAGCACUAUCCGGGUGCUGACGUCACUGCGGGCAAAGCACACACAGGAAGGCUUCCAGACCUGGGGCGUGGACGGCGAGACCGGCGUGCUGGCGGACAUGAGAGACCUGGGGAUCUGGGAGCCCCUAGUUGUCAAACUGCAAACUUACAAGACGGCUGUCGAGACCGCCAUCCUGCUGCUCCGUAUCGACGACAUUGUGUCUGGUCACAAGAGAAAGGGAGACGACCAAGGGAGGGCUCCGCCUGCAGGUUCAGAGAACCCCCAGGAGUGAUCACCUACCCCCUGGGGAAGCGGGACCCCCCGUGGCUUGCAGAUCCCUCCAGCACUUGAGGAGACUUCUCGGCAGAUGUCAGCCACUUCAGCUUGUUCUCUGUAUACUGUGCUCUGGCGGGAGACCCCUUUAUUUCUUUGUAUUUAUUACUGUCGGAGAGGAUGGGGGAGGGCAUGAAGGUAGACCGGGGGAGGGGCGCCCCACAAGUUUGGCCUACUGAGAAA